CCCGGCGGAGCGGGAGGCAGUGGCCGCCGCUUUCGCUUUUUUGUUUCGCGGCCGUCCAGCCGAGCUCGGGGCUGCCGCCCCCCUCUGACUGCACCCGACGGGAGGGCUGGGAAAGAAACCUGUCGUCGUGACUCCUGUGGAGCCCUGCGUGUCUCCAGAAGCCCUGCUCUGAGUUCAUCCCACCACCAAGGCUGUGUGGUGUGAGAAUCCAGUACUUUAUUAUUGGGUGUGCCUGAAUGCAUCAGCCUUUGGAUGUGAACGUCUUCUCUUGAAACAGCCUUGUGAUAUCCUAGCUGCCUGUUCUCUCAGGAGGUCCCUUGGAAAAGCUUGUCAUAGAUCUACCUGGGUGCCUGACAGGGCCACCUUGCUUCCAGAUCUGAACCAUGGCCCACCCGUCCUGGCUGCCACCCAAGAGUACCAACGAGCCUGUUGGUCACGUUACUGCAAGGAUGGAGACUACACACACCUUUGGGACUCCCAGUAUCUCGGUGUCUACCCAGCAGACACCAAAGAAGUUUGCGCCUGUCGUUGCCCCCAAGCCAAAGUACAAUCCAUACAAGCAACCAGGAGGUGAGGGGGACUUCCUUCCUCCACCCCCACCUCCUGUGGAUGAUCUUGGGAACAUCACAUCAUCACAAGGUGCCUUCCCUCCCCCACCCCCACUGGAUGAUGUUACUUUCAAGGUACAGGUGAAUCCUGGUGGCAAGACACUUGAGGAGAGGCGGUCCAGUUUAGAUGCAGAAAUAGACUCUCUAACGAGCAUCCUGGCUGACCUAGAGAGCAGCUCUCCUUACAAACCUCGGACUCCACAGGGCUCUGGCACCUCGAGCAGCUCCACUGCCACCCCUUCAUCUGUGUCCACCCCUGUCACUGGCCACAAGCGGAUGAUCAUCCCCAACCAGCCUCCCCUCACGGCCACCAAGAAGUCCACCACCAAGGGCCCGGGGCAGCCAGCACCCAUCCCGGUCACUCCUGUUGGCACCCUGAAACCACAACCAGUGCCAGCCCCCUAUGCCACAGCCUCUACCCCCAGCCGCCCGGCCUUCAAUGUGCAGGUGAGGACAGCACAGCCCAGCCCGCACUACCAACCACCUGGCCCACAGCCUGUGCACUAUGGCAGCCUGGGGCCCAGCCAGUCCUACACUCCGCCACCAGCCCGCCUGCCCAGCACCCCGCAGUAUGGCGCUCCACAGCCCCAUGGGGCAGACUAUGGCUAUGCCCCACCACCUGCCCGGCCCUCGGAGCCUGCCUAUGGCUAUCCACCUGCACAGGGCCGCUACCAAGACCCCUACUAUGGGGGGUACGGGGGGAGGAACGGCUCCGAAGCACCCUACCCACAGAGCUCCUGGAAGGCUGAACCAGCGUAUCCUGCUAGUAACACUGUGGGCCAGGCUCCUCCUGGCCUCUACCAGCCACCCAGCACGAAGAAGACCUACAUCACCGACCCUGUGCUGGCCCCACAGCCACCUGCGCUGCAGCAAAAGAGUGGGUACCCAAGCUCUGGACCUGCAUCAAGCACUCCUGCCUUCAGGCCUGAAGAUGAGUUGGAACAUCUGACCAAGAAAAUGCUGUAUGACAUGGAGAAUCCUCCCUCUGAUGACUUCUUUGGCCGUUGUGCCCGCUGUGGGGAGAAUGUUGUUGGAGAAGGGACUGGCUGCACAGCUAUGGACAGGGUCUUCCAUGUGGAGUGCUUCACUUGCAUGAAGUGCAACAGCAAGCUGAGGGGUCAGCCUUUCUAUGCAGUGGAGAAGAAAGCCUACUGUGAACCCUGCUAUAUUAACACACUGGAGCAAUGCAGCGUCUGCGCAAAGCCCAUCAUGGAAAGGAUUCUCCGAGCCACUGGGAAGGCCUACCAUCCCCACUGCUUCACCUGUGUGAUGUGCCAUCGCAGCCUGGAUGGGAUUCCCUUCACUGUGGAUGCCGGUGGGAACAUCCAUUGCAUUGAGGAUUUCCAUAAGAAAUUUGCACCGAGAUGUUCAGUGUGUAAGGAGCCCAUCAUGCCAGCCCCAGGACAAGAGGAAACUGUACGCAUUGUUGCCUUGGAUCGUGACUUCCAUGUCCAGUGCUACCGAUGUGAGGACUGCGGUGGCCUUCUGUCUGAAGGGGACAAUCAGGGCUGUUAUCCUCUGGAUGGGCACAUCCUUUGCAAGACCUGCAACUCUGCUCGGAUCCAGGCUCUGACGGCCAAGGCCAGCACUGAUCUCUGAGUAUCAACUGUGACCCUCCCCCAGGAUG